AUGAGUCUACAAGAGAUGAGUUUUUUGUCUCGCCCUGCUACCAACUCUCAAAUGGGGUUUCAGAUUCCAACCUCUUUAAUGGAACAAAGCAAUAAAUGUUUGAGCUUUGAGCCAUUACAAAGCAGGGGAACUACUCAGGCUGCUGCUUCUGCUGGAUUUUCUUUGGAUUUAGAUGCUGAAAAUGGAAGGAAUAAUAAAGCCUCUGGUAUUGUUGUUGCUGGUGGUACCAAAAAUGGACACACUAAGCUUUGUUGUAGAGGCCAUUGGAGACCAGUAGAAGAUGCUAAGCUAAAAGAGCUGGUAGCUCAAUAUGGUCCUCAAAACUGGAACUUGAUAGCUGAACAACUUGACGGGAGAUCAGGGAAAAGUUGUAGAUUAAGAUGGUUUAAUCAGCUAGAUCCAAGGAUCAAUAGGAGAGCAUUCAGUGAAGAAGAAGAAGAGAGGCUUUUAGCUGCAAACAAGGUGUAUGGCAACAAAUGGGCAAUGAUUGCUAGACUGUUCCCUGGUAGAACUGAUAAUGCAGUCAAGAACCAUUGGCAUGUGAUCAUGGCUAGGAAACAUAGAGAGCAAUCAAGCAUUUAUAGGAGGAAGCCUUCUUCUUUAGCCAUCACCACUCAGGCCAAUGCCAGCAGUGACCAAUCAACCAUUUCAUCAGCCUCUACUAGCACUGAUCUAGCACUAACACCUUCUUCAUUUUUCACCACUUUUAGUCCAAUGGGUUCAUCAGGUGAAAAAGUGAAUGUGUGUUACCAACAAGGACCAAUGGGAGUCGGUAUGGGUGUGGACCAAUAUGCUAACUCAUCAGAUUCUAACUCAGAUGUUUCAGCAACUGAGUCAGUGGGCACAAAUAGGACCAACCAACCCCCAACUGCAAAUGGAGAUUUGAAGAUCAACAACAUAUCCUUCAUUGAUUUCCUUGGAGUAGGAGCUUCUUGAAAGAGAAACUAUGGAGUUCUUUUUUAAUAAUAUUAUUUUUUGUUUGGUUUAAAACUAAAUAAUUCCAGCUUAAAAGAGA